CUUGGAUGUUUGUGCUGGACAUCCCAGCCAUCUGCGACGACCUCAGUCAGCCAGCCACGAGACUCGGCUGUGGACUCACGAAGCGCCUCGAGAAGAGCGGCCUCUUGGAUCCCGAGGUCAAUCGCCAUCUCGCGCGAUUCGCGGACCCCCUGUGGCUCAAAAAGUGUGUGCUGCUGGAGACGCUUCGCCAUUUCCGCAUGUGCGAGACGCUGUUCGCCAAGCGCAUGAUGCACAAGUGCCUGAGCACAUUUGCCAGCGAAAGCGUCAUUGAGAAAUAUGAGCAGGAUAGCUACAUCAACACCAUCUUGCUGAACAGCUUCCAGCUGACCAUGGAGGGUAUGCUCAUCCCCCAUGUGGCAGACUUUCAGCAUCGCGCAUCGUCGUUUCUCUCCUCGCCGGGAAUCCAGGGGCUCGGAGAUGACUAUGCUGCCCGCCUGGCUUGCCACGUUCAAGCGAUGGAUCACCAGGCGCGCACGAGUCUGGCAGCCAUGCUAAAGGGUGCCUUGCGAUUCGCGGUCAAGUCGUACUGUGCGAAACGAUACGACACCAAUGAGGAGCAGCGAGCGAACGAGGACGUGAUGCUUGCCAUGCUGGACGCUGCCCAGCGCCAUCAUAAAUUCCGGGUGCUGAUUGGGGAGCCCUGAGUGCCAGAGAUCUCGCCAUGACUUCCCUGCCAGGAGACGACGCAAUCGAAACCCCACUCACUGGG